AUGGCAUUCGUGGUAGCCCCCCUCCUCGGAAGAAGCGCGCCCAGGCAAAGGCUGUCACCAUGCGCCCGCCGGCCAAGCGUGGCCGCGCUCGACAGGCCGGUGCGCAUGUCAGCGGCGGCGGCGGCGGCGGCGGCGCACGGCGAGCCGCUCGUGCUGAGCUCCGAGCGGGCUGGCGCGCUGCCGUGGACGGAGAGCAUCGCCAAGGACGACUUCAAGCUUCUGUUCAUGCCUUUUGUCAUGCAUCAGCUGGGGGAGAUGCGGUCGAAGCUCGAGGGCGUGGAGGACUUGCCGUUCGAGGAGUCGCUGUCGUACCAGCAGUCCGAGAAGCGCCCCGCCAGGAUCGAGAGCUGGCAGUGGAAGACCAAGGAGUUUCGCAAGAUCCGCGCCACCUACAUCGAUGCAGGCGUGAACGCGCAGGUGUUCAACUCGGUGUGGUACCCGAAUACCGAGUAUGAGCACCCGCUGUUGGGGAUUGACUUUCUUAGCUUUGGAAAGAAGAAGGUGUUGUGUGUGCUCGACUUUCAACCGCUUUCGCAGGAUGAGCAUUAUUUGAAAAAGUACUGCGAGCCGGUCGCCCCGAUCAAGCUCAAGUAUGAGGGAUUGGCCGGGUCCAUGUCGGCGAGGUUUUAUGACGAGGCCCAGUUUUUUUCAAAGCAGUUGGUGUUUGCCAAGUUUGACAACGCCGAGCCCGUCAUGACUCAGCUUUUUCCGGCUUUUCAGGAAUAUUUGACAGCCUACAUCACAAUGAUGAAGAACGCCACGCCGGAUACGUCCCCGGAGAGUAUGGCACGCGUCGCCCAACUGCAAAAGGACUAUGAUCAAUACUCUGCUGAGCGAGACCCUGCGGUGGGAUUGUUCAGUACAUACUGGGGCAAGGAAUGGGCGGAAAAGUUUACCCAUGAAUUUCUGUUUAGCGACGCGGUUCCUGUUGCCAAGGAAGAAAAGGAGGACAAGAAGCAGUCCAACAGCUCAUAA